AUGGCGGAGAGAAAUCCUUCUUUUCCGGCGGGGGAGCACGAGUACGUCGACGCGGUGGUGGGCGUCGACCACCUCCUGGUGGACGCGGGCUUCCGGUCGGAGUUCGAGGUGGCGCGGCCCAGCAAGACGUACCGCGCCAUCAUCCAGCUGCUGCCGCAGGUGUUCGUCGGCCAGCCCCACCGACUCCAGCAUAUCGUGGUCGUCGCCUCGGAGGCAGCUUGGCAGAGCCUGAAGAAGAAUGGCCUCCACGUGCCGUCGUGGAGGCGGCACGAGUACAUGAGGAUCAAGUGGUUCUCCGCUUACCAUCGUGCAGCCGCCGUGGAAGAAGCCGAAGCCAAGGACAACUCCGCCGAGGAAGCGACGACGACGACAAUAGAGGUGGUGGGCUCACCGUGGACGACGGUGCCAGCAAGGCCAAAGCCGGGGGAUAAGUUUCUCACCGGACUUGCUUUGGCCUUGCAAAAAAUAAAUACUUAA